AUGUCAGGCCAAGGUAGCAUGUCCAAUGCCUUCUCAGGAAAGUUUUAUUUGGGUUAUGGCCCCAAUGGCAUCAAUCUUCUCUGCAAUCAGAAUCAUGUAGAUUCCGACGAUUCUUCAUCCGAAGAAAUGCGUUCUGAGUUGAACAUUGCCCUGGGCAAUAGUUACCUCACUAAUGGACCAUCAGCUACAGUGGAGGCUACUUCUAGUGCUCUCCCUCACAACAUAGACUUGAAUGCUGCAUAUGAAGGCAAUGACUUUGUCGACACUCAGGAACUAGGAGGAGGGUUGGACACUGACAAAAAUGCACCUGCCAAUGAUUCAUCUAAUUCUAAUACAAUUGUGAUCUCUUCUGGAAUUGCUGGGUAUGUGUUGGAAGACAACGAGGGUGGAGAAGAUUCUGCAUCAGGUGGUAGGCGUUUGUCUUGCAAAAGAAGAGCCCCUGAAGAGGCUCCUAGACAACUGUCUUUGGGUGAAAGCUCGAGAUCAGUUAAGCAAGGAGAAAUUCCUCAAGAAAAUACUCCUGGAAGCUUGAAUCUACCAUCCCCAGUGAAUAAUCAUCCAAAUGCUGGUUAUUCAGGCCAGCUGGGUGGUAGAAUUUCGGUUCGUGUGGGACCGGCUCCAGCCCUGUAUCAACCUACAAGUGCUGCAGGAAGUGGAGUUGUAACUGGAGCUGGGACAAGUUCUGAAAUGAAUGAGAAUUCAAGCGUGGUAGGACGAGGUGAGAACUCCCAGAGAAAUAUCCGUUUGAGAAGAUCUGCAAGUCAAUCAGAUUCUGUAUCUGAUCAUAAUUUGUCUCCUUGGGCCACAAGUAAUCCUCAUGUGCAAUCACCUGUGUUUGAUCAAAUCAUUCACCUUCCAAGUUCAAGCGCAGCUUCUCCAAUGCAGUCUUUUAUGCAUACUCUCAAUUCUUCACAGACUUUACAGCCCUUCCAGUGGAAUGGGGUCACCAGGGCAAGAACCAGUGGGCCAUCUACUUAUGCUUUGAAUGGAGGAAAUACCUUGGAUCGGGAUCAGAACGUAAGGAAUGAUCCGAGGAGCGAUGUGUAUCUUCCUGAAUUUCAAAUUACACACAUGCCGCACUUGCCAGCAAACCUUCACUUUGCAGAUGGGAGAAAUUUUCCAGGAACCAUAUCUCCUAUUUCCCAAAAUGGCUCUAGUUCACAUCAACCACCUCCUCCCACUUGGUUUGCCCAAGGCAACAUGGAAGAGCAGUAUCCUGGGAGAAUGCCUGACAUGGUCGAUGGCACUGAGCCUCAGGGGCAAGUUUAUUACUGCCCAUUUCAUAUGGGAACUUCUCCAGCUGCAAGAGAGAGGGAAUUAUUAGAGGGAAGUGAUGUUAUAAUGUCUUCUCAGAUGCCUCUAAGGGCAGGCUUGGAAAUAAGGUCCGAGACACAAAUUGCCAAUCGUGAAAUGGCACUCCGGGCUUUGACUGCUGUUCAGAGGAGAAACAGACUGGCAGCUGAGGUUCGCAAUGCUCUGGCACUUGUGCGUAGGAGGAGCCCAUUACCGUUUGGGGAUCCAAUGCUUUUUAACUAUUCAGCUUUGUUUGUUGACUCUGAUGAUGAAGAUGAUGAACUUGAAGAUAUGCGUCUUGAUGUGGAAAACAUGUCUUACGAACAACUGCUUGCUCUGGAGGACCAAAUGGGAAAUGUGUCCACUGGAUUAAGUGAGGAUGCGAUCGUGGCAAAUCUGAAGCGUUGGAAGUAUCAAGCAGUUGCUGAAGGGUCUAACAGUGAAGAUGAACCAUGCUGCAUCUGUCAGGAGGAAUAUGCUGAUGAAGAUGAUCUGGGGAAGCUGAGAUGUGGGCAUGACUUUCACUUCAACUGCAUUAAGAAGUGGCUCGUAGAGAAGAACAAUUGCCCCAUCUGCAAAAAGACAGCCGCGGAUGCCUUAACCUCAGACCUGAGAGUUGAACAUACUCCUGAUACAAGAAGCUGCAGUAUGGCAUCCAAUUUUCAAGUGUCUCAUUUCCAAUUCCAUGAGCUUCUUGUUCAUGGAUGCUGGAAGCAGCAUUCUGAGACUUUUGUCGCAUAUCAGGUUAUAGAUACAGACAUGGAACUCAGCCAUGGAAAACUGAACAUUGCUGUGACUCCAUUUAGAUAG